AUGUCUCAAACUAUGGUUAAGACCCAACACUUAAAGCUAGAAGCUCCUAGCAUCAGUCAUGCCCUAUCUGAAGUCGUGAAGACCGAAGAUUGGUCUGAUUUUGAAUUUAAACCUAUCCGUGAGUCCACUGUUAGCCGUGCAAUGACUUCCCGUUACUUUAACGAUUUGGACAAGUUUGCUGUAUCGGACGUCGUUAUUGUUGGUGCAGGAUCAUCUGGUCUUUCUGCUGCGUAUGUCAUCGCAAAAAACAGACCAGACCUUAGAAUUGCAAUUGUGGAAGCAAAUGUGGCACCAGGUGGGGGUGCAUGGUUGGGUGGUCAGUUAUUCUCUGCGAUGAUUAUGAGAAAGCCUGCCCAUCUUUUCUUGCAAGAAUUAGAAAUUCCAUAUGAAGAUGAGGGUGACUAUGUCGUCGUUAAGCAUGCUGCAUUGUUCACAUCCACCGUGUUAUCCAAGGUUCUGCAAUUCCCUAACGUAAAGCUAUUCAAUGCUACUUCCGUUGAAGAUCUUGUUACAAAGCCAAGUGAAUCUGGUGAAGUGACCAUUGCAGGUGUUGUGACAAAUUGGACCCUAGUCACCAUGGCUCAUGACACGCAGUCAUGCAUGGACCCUAAUGUAAUUGAAUUGGAGGGAUACAAGGAAGACGGUACCAGAGAUCCAACCAAGAGGCACGGAGUGGUGCUUUCAACCACUGGUCACGAUGGACCUUUUGGUGCUUUCUGUGCUAAGAGGUUGGCCGAUUUGGAUGCAAAGCACCAAGUGAAGGGUAUGCAGGCACUGGAUAUGAACACUGCUGAGGCAGGUGUCGUUAAGAGCUCCGGUAGAACUCAAGGUGCUAACUAUAUAUACUUCGCUGGUAUGGAAACUGCUACCAAGAAAGGAGUAUCACGUAUGGGUCCAACAUUCGGUGCUAUGGCUGUUUCUGGUAUCAAAGCUGCCGAAGAAAUUCUGCGCCAUUUUGCUUAA